AUGGCGACUGCCAUGUACUUGGAGCACUACCUGGACAGUAUCGAGAACCUUCCUUGUGAACUUCAGAGGAACUUCCAGCUGAUGCGUGAGCUGGACCAGAGGACAGAAGAUAAGAAAGCAGAGAUUGACAUCCUGGCUGCGGAGUACAUCUCCACAGUGAAGACUCUGUCCCCAGAGCAGCGGGUAGAGCAUCUGCAGAAGAUCCAGAGCGCCUACAGCAAGUGCAAGGAGUAUAGCGAUGACAAGGUGCAGCUGGCCAUGCAAACCUACGAGAUGGUGGAUAAACACAUUCGGAGGCUCGAUGCAGACCUGGCGCGCUUUGAAGCAGACCUGAAAGACAAGCUGGAGGGUAGCGACUUUGAGAGUUCUGGAGGACGAGGGUUAAAAAAAGGUCGAAGCCAGAAAGAAAAGAGAAGUUCCCGGGGGCGAGGCAGAAGGACCUCUGAAGAAGACACUCCAAAGAAAAAGAAGCAUAAAGGAGGGUCGGAGUUCACUGACACUAUCCUGUCUGUGCAUCCCUCUGAUGUGCUGGACAUGCCUGUGGACCCCAACGAGCCCACCUACUGCCUCUGCCACCAGGUGUCCUAUGGGGAAAUGAUUGGCUGUGACAAUCCAGAUUGUCCGAUCGAGUGGUUUCACUUUGCCUGUGUAGACCUGACCACGAAGCCCAAAGGAAAAUGGUUCUGUCCUCGGUGCGUCCAGGAGAGGAGAAAGAAGAAGUAA